AAUGGAUAACUAAUUGUUGAUAAAAAAAUAAUGGCUAAUUAAGUCAAGACCAGAAAGGAUUGAAGAUAUUUAUGAAUCUGAUAAAAAAGUAAAGUAAAUCAAUGAAAGUUCUAGGAAUUAGGUUCUGGAGCCUAUGGCAGAGUUUUCAAAGCUAAACAUAAAGAAUUAGGAUUAGAAAGGGCAAUAAAGGUGAUUCCUAAAAAGUUAAUUGCAUCUCCAGAUAGAUUUAAAAGAGAAAUAGAAAUAAUGCAAAAUUUAGUAUUGAAUUUUAAAAUCAAUAUAGGAUCAUCCAAAUAUAAUUAAAUUAUUUGAGAGUUUUGAAGAUUCUAGAAAUGUCUAUUUAGUAAUGGAGUAUAAAUAUCUAUCAUAUAUUAUAAGAAUUUGUACUGGUGGAGAGUUAUUUGAUACAAUCAUUGAGAAAGGCCAUUUCACAGAAAAAGAAGCUCAAUAAACCUUUUUAUAAAUCAUGUAAGCAAUUCAUUAUUGUCACACUCAUGGAAUAUGUCAUAGAGAUCUUAAACCAGAAAAUUUUUUACUCCUAAACAAAACAAUAGAUGCCCCUAUAAAAGUCAUUGAUUUUGGACUUAGUGUACUAUUUCAUGAUAGUCAUUACAAAACAGUAGAUGGAAAGACAUAGAUGAAAUCAAAGGCAGGAACUGUAUGAUUAUUAUAAUUAAAAUAGCCUUAUUAUAUUUCACCAGAAGUUUUAGAUGGAAAAUAUGAUGAACUUUGUGAUGUUUGGUCAGCUGGUGUUAUUUUAUACAUUUUAUUGACAGGAUUACCUCCUUUUAAUGGAAGAACUGAUGCUGAAAUCUUGAAGGCUGUUAAAUCAGGUGUUUAUAAAUUAGAUAUUCCUUAAUUUAAUGGAGUUUCAAAUGAUGUUAAAGAUUUGAUUUAAAAGAUGUUAACCAAACCUGAUCAAAGAUUAACAGCUGGAUAAGUAUUAUAGCAUCCUUGGUUGACUUCAGCAGAAAUUCCUCAUUCUAUAUUAACUUUAGAUUAUAAAUCAUUCAAAGGAUUUAGUGCUAGCAAUAAAUUAAAGAAAGUAAUAUUAUUCAAAAAAUUGAAAAUAGGUAACAUUAACUUAUAUUGCAUCAUAAUUAUCAGAGGUAGAAAUUCAAGAAUUAGGAAAAUUAUUUAAAGAGUUAGAUCAAAAUGGAGAUGGAAUUUUAACACUAGAAGAAGUUAAAAAGGGGUUGCAUAAUUUCUAAUAGGAAAGUUGGGGUGAAGUAAUUUAAAUUUUGAAGGCUAUAGAUACUGAUUGCAAUGGAGUUAUUAAUUAUACUGGUAAGAAAUAUAUAUAUUAAUGUGAUUAGAGUUUAUUGCUGCAACAAUGGAGAGAAACACGUAUAUGAAAAAGGAAAAACUAUUAUAAGCCUUCAAGAUGUUUGAUGUAGAUGGAAGUGGUAAAAUUAGCAGUGAAGAAUUAAAGAAAUGUUUGGGAGGUAUCUUAUAUUAUUUUUAAUAAGAUAAUGAAAUAUAUUAAUAAUCUGAUCCAUCAUUAUGGCAAAACUUAAUUAAUGAAGCAGACUAGAAUAAGGAUGGAGAAAUAGAUUAUCUUGAGUUUGUAGAAAUGAUGGAUAAAGUUGAUGCAAAAUGAU